AUGCAGCCGCAUCCAGGCCUUCCUCUAUCCGCAACCAUGGCUUACUCUCGCCACGAUGACUCCUUCUUCAUCGAGUCCGACGAGCCCACCUUUGACCGAAUGAAUGCCCGCUGCGCCGCCAAAAUGAUUGCCCGCCAACGCCAGGAUAUUAUUGCCAGCGAACUCUCAAGACUCGCCGGUGAAGAGUACCUAGAGGACAUUAUGGAGCACAUGGCCGACAUGGAGGAAGAGACUCUUGCCGAUGCUAACCUGAUCGACAUGCAGCGCGAGGUUCAGUGGUUCAUGAGACCCUACCUCAUCGACUUCAUCAUCGAGGCCCACGCCGCCUUCACGCUGCUGCCCGAGACUCUCUUCCUCACCGUCAACCUGCUGGACCGAUAUUGCUCCAAACGUGUCGUCUACAAGCACCACUACCAGCUUGUUGGCUGUGCUGCCCUCCUCAUUGCCGCCAAGUAUGGUGACAAGAAGGACCGUGUUCCCCAGAUCACGGAGCUCAACAACAUGUGCUGCGGCCUCUACGACUCGGGCAUGUUCACCCAGAUGGAGAUGCACGUUCUCAACACCCUCGAGUGGGCCAUUGGCCACCCUACCGUCGACUUCUUCACCCAGCUUAUGGCUGCCGAGGAGCGUGACGAUGCCGAGGUCGAGCACAUGGCUGCCUAUCUCUGUGAGAUUGCCCUAUACCACCGUGACUUUGUCUCGACGAAGCCCUCGAUGAUGGCCCGCGCCUCCCUCGCCCUCGCUCGUGCGAUCCUCGGCCGAUCCGAAGUCAACGAUCGCGAGUGGGUACACCCUGAGAACGUCACUCUGGUCGCGCUCUCGGAACACCUCAGCCAACCCUCGCCCACAUUAGCCCGUAAAUAUGCCACCCCUGAGCUGUCUCGUGUUUCGCAGAAGCUUUCCGACUUCAUGGCCGAUCAGGCUGCCCGAGCGCGCCGCGCCGCCGACCCCCCCACGCCCCCCAUGGAGAUGGCUGCCAAGCCUUCCGAUAUUUACAGCACUCCUCAGAAGGGCCACGGCGCUCCCCCAUGCUAUCAGGGCUACCUUACGCCUCCCAUCACCCCCGAUGGUGUUCACUUUGGUCACGGGCAGACACAAAAAGAUGUCUACUCUGCGAUGCCGCCUAGAUGCCCGGUUACACCCACACCGCAUCAAAAUCAAGGGUCAGUGUACGCGGCACAGGCGCAACGCGGGUAUGCGAGCCAGCACUAUAUGCAAUAUUGA